AUGCAGGCUACUCAACAUACCUCCAAGCAGCGCCUGGCGCUCGCCAUCUGCGACUUCCUGAGCACUUCGGCGAGCGACGGCACCCUCACCGCCGACGACAAGGACUCGGUCGAAGUCGCCGUCAACUGCAUCGCCGAGUCGUUCAAGGUCGACCCCGCCGACAAGGACGCCGUCCACGCCGCCGUCGGCACCCAGAGCCUGCUGUCCAUCUACUCCGUCUACGAGAAGCUCAAGGCUUCCACUGGUGCGCCCGGACCUGCGUCUGCUGCCGCGGGCGCCUCGACCGCCGCAGCCGCCGAGCCCACCGAGGACCAGAAGAAGGAGGCCGAGGGUCUCAAGAGCAAGGGCAACACUGCCAUGGCCCAGAAGGACUACCCCAAGGCCAUCGAUCUAUACACCCAGGCCUUGAAGCUGCACCCUUCCAACGCCGUUUUCUUGUCCAACCGUGCCGCUGCCCACUCUGCGACCAAGGACCAUGCCUCCGCCCGCAUCGACGCCGAGGCCGCCGUUGCAGUUGACCCUACCUACACCAAGGCCUGGUCUCGUCUCGGCCUCGCUCGCUUCGCCCUCGGCGAUGCCAAGGGUGCCAUGGAGGCCUACAACAAGGGUAUUGAGUACGAGGGCAACGGCGGCUCCGAGGCCAUGAAGAAGGGCUACGAGACUGCCAAGCGUCGCGUCGAAGAGAUGCAAGCCGAGGAAGGCAGCCUUCCCCGGUCGUCACCUGGGACCGGAGCCGCGCCUGGAGGCAUGCCUGACUUGAGCAGUCUCGCGUCAAUGCUAGGCGGCGGCGCCGGUGGUGCCGGCGGUGGUGCCGGCGGCAUGCCUGAUCUGGGCUCCAUCAUGAGCAAUCCCAUGUUUGCCAGUAUGGCCCAGAACCUCAUGAGCAACCCAGAUCUCAUGAGCAACCUCAUGAGCAACCCUCGCCUGCGCGAGAUGGCCAAUCAGUUCAGCAGCGGUGGUGGCAUGCCCGACUUGAACAGCCUCAUGUCUGACCCGAACAUUGCCGACAUGGCGCGAAACAUGAUGGGUGGCGGCGGUGCGCCUGGCUCGCCAGGCCAGGGUGGCGGCGGUGCGCCUGGCUCGCCAGGCCAGGGCGGCGCCGGACAGUAA